UUCUAGAGACCUUACCGCUUGGUUUGUAGAGUUUGAGGAAAUCUCUAGUUUAGCGCGCUGGUCUGAUGAGCAUAAGUUUAUUAUGUGUCGGAAGAAACUGACCGGUGUGGCCAAGAGCUUUCUUGCUACAUUGCGCGGAGUUACCACUUAUGCUGCGCUGAAGCGAGCAUUAUUAGCCGAAUUUGCAACAGUAGUAAGAGCGAGUGAUGUCUAUCGGCAAUUGGCUUCGCGGAAGAAAAGGAAAGACGAAUCAGCGCUUGAAUUCAUUUAUUCGAUGCAAAAACUCGCGCAGUCUAUCGAUAUCGAAGAAGAAGACCUUUGCGAAUUCAUCGUGGACGGGUUUUCGUCCGAUGAAACAACAAGGGCGAUUUUGUACGAAGCAACAACAAUUUCGCAACUAAAGAAAAAAAUAGCGCUGCGAGAACGGGCAGACACAAAAUCAGAGGAUAAGAAAAAACGGCCCUUUGUUGAGCAAAUGUCUAAGCAGCACAAAGACACACCAAAUACACGGAAGCCCAAGUGUUACAAUUGUGGUCAGCUGGGGCACGUGGCCACCAGCUGUGUCGAGCGAAAAAGGGGCGUCAAGUGUUACGGGUGCGGUGUGUACGGGCACAAAGCAAGUGAAUGCGAGAAGAAACAAACAACCAACGCGGGUACACAUUUGGUGACAGAGAGCAACGAUACAAUGCAUUCCAGAGAAUAGGCUCCCCGCCUUUAGAAAACACGUUCGUGACGUUCAACGGUUUUGGCGGUACACAAACAAAAGCCAUCGGACGAAUUUUUGUGGAUGUGUGUGUGUGUGCCGUAUCAUACAAAAACGUUCCUUUUUUCGUGGUGCCGGAUGGAACGAUGGUUUAUGACACUUUGUUAGGAAGAGAGUCUCUACAGUUUUUUAACGUCGAAGUGACAAUAGAUGGUGUAAAACUAGUCCCACGGAGUGACGAAAAGGAGCAGGUAGCAGAAAGCAACGUUUUUUUGGCU